GUCCAGAUCAGUGACCCUAUACCCUUGCGUUGUUAGUGGAGCAGGGCGUAAAUUCAUGAGAUUCAGAUCGACCUAUCCUCAAAAACGAGAAACGUGUGCCCUAAUUUAUUCAUUCGAUUUGUUUGAACAUUUAUCGAACGAAUUCUCAUCACAGCUCUGGUCGUUGGUAGACAUAAUUAUAUUCCCUCACACUUGUUGGGUGUUUACAAGGAAUUAGUGAGAUAUAUAGACUUUUGAUUACUUGGAGGAAUAAUCCCAUGCUAUAAUGAACUUCAAGGGCGUUAUUUGUACCAUCGCUUGGAUGGUGGCGUUUUGCGUGCUUACCAAAGCACAGAACCCGAAUUGUAUACGCAAUACACAAGAGCCAACGCCGACAAAUGCUAACAGUUUUAUAAAUUCACCAGAAAAGUCGCCCCACCCAUGUUUACGGGAUUGCACUGGCUCCAAACCAAUGCAAUGUGAAUACACGUUUGUAGUAGAGUGGUAUAAUACUAUGUCUAAGGCCUGCUAUGACUGCCCAUGCAACCUGACGGAUUGUCAGAGGGAACAAUGCGUAGCAGCAGACGGUGUCCCAAGGCCCAUCAUAGUGGCUAACAGAUCCCUACCAGGACCUCCGAUUGAGGUUUGUGAUGGCGAUGAGGUCAUCGUUAACACGGUGAAUCAUAUGGAUAACGGGGAGUCGAUAACCCUUCACUGGCAUGGUCUCUAUCAGAAGUCUACCCAGUACAUGGACGGUGUCUUCAAGAUCAGUCAGUGUCCUAUACUACCCGGAAACAAAUUCAGGUAUAAUUUCAUUGCUGACCACCCCGGGACCCACUUCUGGCAUGCUCACACUGGCAUGCAUAGGGCAGACGGACUUUUCGGCCCACUUAUUAUCAGACAAUCGAAGCAGGACGAUCCGCAUAACCUUCUGUACGACCAUGACUUACCCGAACACACUGUCUUCCUAUCUGAUUGGAUGCACAAAGCUAUAUCAGCGGCCUAUCUCAGCGACCACUUCAGGGGUGUUGAUGAAGGUCCAGUUACCAUACUGAUCAACGGCAUGGGUGCGUCUGCAGUGUAUGGCUCGACAUCGUCGACCACGCCUAGGGUGAUCUACGAAGUCCAACAGGGUAAACGGUACCGCUUCCGGGUGAUCAGUAGUGCCAUCACCAAUAUUCCUAUGAAGGUAUCAGUUGAUGGUCAUAAGAUCACUCUAAUCUCGUCCGAUGGAGAUAACUUCGAGCCUUUGGAGGUUGAUGCUUUCUUCCUCUUCGGCGGGGAAAGGUACGACUUCAUCCUGGACGCAUCUCAAAAUGUCAGCAACUACUGGCUCAAGGUCCAAGGUUACAAGCAAGGAACGGGUCUACGUGAGCUGGCGGUCAUCAGGUACCGAGGUGCACCGGAAGAAGUACCGACCGCUGACCCUUCGGUUGGCAGAGAAGGAAAGGUCUACCAAGACUUGGGCAGAAAUUAUAACGAACCUGAGGCGGUGCAUACUGUGAAUGAGUUAAGAUCUCUUGACGCCCAUACACAAUCAUCAGAUGAUAAUAUGCGUAGGGUCUAUCUGCCCUUUGACCUAAAUGCGGUCAAUAACCCGAUGUUUAACGACCCAGACCUAUAUCCUCUUGGUCCAAGCGGACCGGGCUGGGGCGACUUCCACGUACCUCAGAUAAACAGCCGGACAUUCAAAUUCCUCGACUUCCCUCUCCUCUCUCAAUUCGACGAUCAACUCGCUGCAGCUGGGGCCUAUGAUGACGUUUUGUGUGAAGUGGAACAAGCCGGCUUUGAAUCAUGUGAUACUGAGUUCUGCGCUUGCACACAGUACAUUGACGUUGAUUUAGGACAGAGGUUAGAGAUCGUUCUGAUCGAUGAGGGAUUAUCUCCGUAUAAGGUGGAACAUCCGUUCCAUCUUCAUGGUCACCCUUUCCGCAUCCUCGCUCAGGGUAUUUCAGUCAACGGAACAACAAAGGAGGAUGUCAUCCAGCUGGACAAAAAUGGUGGCAUUGUUCGAAACUACGACCACGCCCCUGGAAAGGACACCGUGGUCAUACCAAGCGGUGGAUACACCGUCAUCGACUUCGUUGCCAACAAUCCUGGCUGGUGGAUACUUCAUUGCCAUAUGGAGUUCCAUUUCGAGGAUGGAAUGGGGAUCUUAAUUCGCGUCGGGAACCAAUCUGACCUUCCUCCUGUUCCAGAAGGAUUCCCGAUGUGUGGUGACUACCCUCCAACACAAUAUCCUUCUACCGAGUCAGACCCUGUACCUAGUCAAGUCAGUAUGACCAUGACCAUUACCGAAGUCAUCCUCGUUGCUGUAAUCGCUGGUCUUGUAAUCCUCAUCAUCGUUCUCAUCGUCGUCAUCGUGGUCCGUGAACGUUCAAGGAACGAUGGUAAAGGACGCCCUCAGGCGAUACCAAUGAAUGAACGAUGAUGAACAGACCGUAUAAUUGCUUAUUCUUACAUCUGAAGUAUCAGGAAAAUGAUUAUUAUAUUGAGAAUUAAGCUACGGUGUGUGAUGUUCCAAUCACUGCUGUCGUCGUCAUUGUAUUUGUAAUUUCAUUACCUUCAUAUCUUUUUACUGCUCCUACGAGAACAAUAUAUACAUAUAUUAUGUAUAUAUAUAUAUAUGUAUAGCAUAUAUAUGUGAGGGUGUGUGUGUGUGGUGUGAAAGUUUUAACAGCAAUAUGGCACAAUAUACAGUGGAAAUAUAUACGUAAAGAGAGAGAGAUAGAUAGUUGGAUUAGAUAGAUAG